GUCGGUCGACAGUCGUCACUGAUUGUACGCGCGGUGUCGACACGCGUGCUGUACGUUGUUAUCCGCUGGUAGUCGUCCAAGUCGCGCGUGUGUUGUGUUCGAGUGUGUGCCGUCAACUAUCGCCUUCGCCGCCGACGCCGUAUCGACGACAGUUUUCGAAUAAAUAAUAUUGAAAAUAGAGUUUAUUUUAUUUUUUCAAUACAUUGUACGUUUUAUUUUGGAUACACGAAAACAAAAUUAAUUUUUUUUUAUUAAAUCGCACCCGAGUCGAUCUUAGUGCGCUAUUGUUUUUUUUUUUUUACAUUUUACUCGAGACAUUCCGACAAAUUUGUAAUAAUUAAUAUUAUCUUGAUUAUUAUUUUAUCACGUUAGUGUAUUAUAGUAAUAAAAAUAAGUUUGUCGUAUCUACCGUAAAAUAAGUACAACUAAUCAUUGUGUACCUACAUUGGAAGACCGCCGAUUUUCUGAGUCGUCCUCCAAAAACAAAAAAUACAAACAGACACAAUGAACCGUACAAUGGCGUUGGCAAGAUCGCUGCCCACGCACUGAGCGACCAGAUUUUCGCACUUAACCGAAUAUCCGUAUCGCGACGCGUGCCGUGUAAUUAUUGUGUGUCUGUCCGCACGGUAAUUAUGCGUAACACGUGAUAUGGACGUCCAGGCUAUGCAGUCUAUGGAUUGGCUUUUCAAAAAGGAACGCAUCUAUUUAUUGGCUCAAUUUUGGCAACAGAGAGCUACUUUGGCGGAAAAAGAAGUGACUGCCCUGAAGGAACAGUUGACCAACAACAAAACACAAGACACGAACGUCAUGACCAUGGCCACGCCUCUGAGCAAUCACGUCGAGUCCACCGAGGAUCAGAACAAAACACCCGUCGAACUUGAACUUUCGGCCAAGGAAAAAGAAAUUUCGCAACUAGUCGAAGACGUACGCAGACUGCAGUCGAGCAUCGGCAAACUGCAGGAAAACACUGCCAAAGAAAUCGCCAGACUCGAAGAGGAACUGCACGACAAAAGGCAGCAUAUCAUGAGACUGGAAGCCCGACUCGACGCCCAGAGGGAUUAUGAAGAAGUCAAACGACAGUUGUGUGUACUUAAGGCCGUCGAAUGUCCAGACGACCGUAACAACGUCAAGUCGCCCAACAACGAUAAAUCCGAGACCACGACGAAAGGUACGUCGCCUCAGCUUCAAAGGUCGUCUUGCAGUCCAGCGGUCGACACACACAAUGAUUUUUCGGUUCCGGUGGCCCCACCCCCUCCCGGGCUCCAAAACGUCGAACAGUUCGGCCCGAUACUCGGCGAAGAGAUCGUGGCCAACUGGCGAAGGACUCUCGAACGCAAUCAUUCUGACCAUAAGAAAGUCUAUACUUCUCCGAACCGUCAAGAAAACUGCUCCGCCAAAGAAACGUCUCCGUGCUUGGACUCGGCAAAGUCACCGGCGCCUAGCACCUCUCCUGCGCCAAUCUCGCCAUCGUUCAAUAACGCACAUCAAGUGCGAUCAGUCAGCAGGUCGUCUUGCAAAUCGCCUACCAGCGAAUCCAACAGUUCUCCCAGACUCAACAGUGGUUCACCGCAUAACAACAAUAACAACCCUUCUCAGUUGAACAACAACAAAAACAUACCGGCCGGACUCAUCAACGGCCUUUGCGGUCUCAAUGUCGGCCUCAACAACAAUAUCCUAGGACCGGCCGGCGCUUUGGGCUUCGAUUUGAUCAAGUCACCGUUCGACCACAGAUCUCCGUACCGUUUCGCCGACGGCGAUUGCACCAUGGUCGGCAGGUUCGGCGAAUCGCUCAUACCCAAAGGCGAUCCCAUGGAAGCCAGGCUCCAAGAAAUGCUCAGAUACAACAUGGACAAAUACUCCACACAAAACCUAGACACGCUGCACAUUGCCCGCCGAGUGCGUGAACUACUGUCCAUCCACAACGUCGGUCAGAGGCUGUUUGCCAAGUAUAUUCUCGGCCUGUCCCAAGGGACUGUUAGCGAGCUGCUGUCAAAACCGAAACCCUGGGACAAACUGACCGAGAAAGGUCGCGACAGCUAUAGGAAAAUGCACGCAUGGGCUUGCGACGAGAACGCGGUCAUGCUGCUCAAGUCGUUGAUACCGAAAAAAGGUAAAGACUCUGGCAUACCGACGGUCAUGGGCAGAACUGAAAACGAUGUGACCGACGAACGGAUUGUGCACAUACUGAACGAGGCCAGUCAAAUGAUGAAGCCUAAUCAACAACAAGACGAUACUCAGAGUAAUGACGGCAGCACCUCACAUAAUGAAAAAAAUAGUACCUCGCCGUCAAGGCAAAACGACUUACCUCAAGAACAAGUCGCCAGACUGUACCAAGAAGAGCUGUCGAAAAUCAUGGGCAAACGGUUGGAAGACUCCAUGAGGAGCGGCGAGCAACCUUUUGCCGGAUGGCUUUUCCCACAUUUCUUCGGAAAUCACUCUGGCAAUCAAGAAGACAUACGGACCGCGUUGGACGCCUACCACCGUGAACUUUCUAAACUGCAAAAUUGUCCGCAAAGCCAAUUGUCCGGAUUAUUGGCCCUCCAACAACAGGCCGCAGUGGCAGCAAUGGCUAAUAAUAAUAAUAACAACACAAUACAAGGUAAUGGUAUGGCUCAAGACUUGUCGUUGCCUAAAGACAGGAAAGACAUGUUCGCGUUGGCCCAACGAAAAGACUUUGGCAUCAAAGUAAACGGAACUGAAGUUUCUGAUAAAGAAGCAGAAACCGUAGCAGAAGCCAUGAAACACGCCGGAAGUGCUUUUUCACUUGUCAAACCAAAAACCGAGCCAAGUGGCGCAUCGUCCGUCGGAAGCUCAGCCAGUUCCCCGUUGGGAAAUUCAAUUUUACCUCCAGAAGACUUCGGUCAGUCUGCUGCUGCUAGCCCACUGCAACGUAUGGCUUCGAUCACCAACGCGCUGAUAUCACAGCCGGCUACUCCACACCACCACUCGCCUUCGCAGAGACCCCUAAAGGCCGUGUUACCUCCUAUUACCCAACAGCAGUUCGAUCAGUUCAACAACUUGAACACAGAAGAAAUCGUGCGCAAAGUCAAAGAACAACUAAGUCAAUUUUCGAUCAGCCAGAGAUUAUUUGGCGAAUCCGUGUUGGGUCUUUCUCAAGGAAGUGUGUCCGAUCUCUUGGCCAGGCCAAAACCUUGGCACAUGUUGACCCAAAAAGGACGCGAGCCGUUUAUUCGCAUGAAAAUGUUCUUGGAAGACGACAAGGCCGUGCAUAAGCUCGUCGCCUCCCAAUAUAAAAUCGCUCCAGAAAAGUUAAUGCGAACCGGCGGAUAUGGCGGAGCAAGUCCAAUGAAUCCAAACUUGGCGAAAUCAUCGCAUCCUUUCGGUGGCAAAAUGGCCCCUUCACCUCUAGAUCUCUUAAAAGUCAGUGCGGACGCAGACCGGCAAACCCCGCACCACCACAUCAUCAACUCCAUAUGUAACACGUCCACUACCAUGUCUGAGGACUCGGACAUCGCAUCUUCGCUACAGUCGCCCGUCAACCAUCAUCUCCAGCUCCAGUCCCCAGGAGGCCAUUCGCACGUGUCCGCCUCCACGGCGUCUUCGAUGAUCACCCCCGCAGGUCAGCUAGUGUCCAUGAUGGCCGGAGAAAACAAACUAAAAUCCGCUGCGAUGCCAAACAACGGAAUCCCGCCAAACUUAAUGCUACAGCACGUAGCUGCGGCAUUCCAAAACCCGGGAUCGCGACACCCACCGCCGGUGGUUCCGUCCGUGUAUGAAAUGGCCGCUUUAACCCAAGACCUCGACACCCAGACGAUCACCACCAAAAUCAAGGAAGCGUUGCUUGCUAACAAUAUCGGCCAAAAAAUUUUCGGAGAAGCUGUUUUAGGACUUUCUCAAGGAUCGGUCAGCGAACUGUUGUCCAAGCCCAAACCGUGGCACAUGUUGAGCAUUAAAGGUCGCGAACCGUUCAUCCGUAUGCAACUGUGGCUUUCGGAUCAACACAACGUUGAACGAUUACAGGCUAUCAAGAGCGAACGGAGGGAAAUGAACAAGAGGCGAAGAGGUUCUGGCCAACAAGACAACGGUAGCGACACGUCUUCGAACGACACUUCCGAUUUCUAUCACAGCGGAACCAGCAGUCCUCCGUCCGCCGCCAAAAAGCAACGAGUUUUAUUUUCGGAUGAACAAAAAGAAGCUUUGAAAUUGGCGUUCGCGCUGGACCAAUACCCGAGCGUGGGCACCAUCGAGUUCCUAGCGUCCGAACUCAACCUGGCCACCAGGACCAUCACCAACUGGUUCCACAACCACAGGAUGAGGAUCAAGCAGCAAUCGCCGCACUCGGACUCCCAACAGCAACAGCAGCAAUCGCAGACCGGGCCCGGAUUCGAUCCCAUCCAGUUCAGAAUACUCCUCAGUCACCGGCUAGGCUUUGGCGGCUUACCCAUUCCCUUCAACGCCGGUAACCCGUACUUGCAGCACGCCGCUGCUGCCGCUGCCGGCGGUGACCUGUCGUCGUUCAUGCCCAUGUUGACCUCCUCGUCCUCGUCGGCCGCCACCGUCGACGAACAGAUGUCCGGCCUGGACCUGAGCGUCAAGCACGAAAUGGACACCGACUUCGACGACGACGACGACGACGCCAGCCGAUCCGACGAGUCGGAAGCCCGGGAGGAAGCGCCUGCCGUACCCGUCGUGGGAAGUUCGCGCCGCAAGCCAGCCGCGCCCCAGUGGGUCAACCCGGAUUGGCUGCAGUCCGAACACAAGCCACAACAGCAGCCCUUGCAGUCGCAGUCCGAGGUCAUCAUCAACGGUGUUUGCGUGAUGCAAGCGGCCGACGGGUGCAACGAAAGGAGAAGGUCCGAGACGGUCCGGGUAGAGCCUACGGACGUCAACGAUCCAGAUAAAUCCGGCAGGUCCAGCCCUUCCGAUACCGACUCUGUCAAGCACGAGUCGGACGCCGAACAUGACCAGGAGCCGAUUAGCGUGGUCAAGGAAGAGAAAACUUGGAACAACGAAUUUUAGAGAUUAGCCCAAACGAUAUAACAACACAGUGUUGUUGUAAACGCAUCGAUUUGUAUUAUUAUGUUACCACAAUCUACCCCGACGUGAGUAACGCGUAGUUAAUUCGUUUUUAUUAUUAUUAUUAUAAUUAUUAUUUUAUAUAUUAUUUGACGUUUUGUACACAUCAUUUUGUAAAUAGUUAUUCGUAUUAUAUAUAUAAAUAUUUAUAAUUAUUAAAUAUUAUAAUAUAAAGAAUUGUGCAAUUUUUUUUUUAGAUUUUAAUACGCAUCCCAAAAAUAUAAUCGUUUGAUUUGUUUCACACGCGAGUGGUCCUAUUUUCUUUUGUGAUCUACAUAUAUAUAUACAUAAUUAUGUAUACUUUCUUCUUAUUAUUAUUAUUAUUAAGUUGUUGUAUAUUAUUUGUCGUUAGUGCGGACAUGUUUUUAACUAAAAAAAAACUUCAUUUCAAAUCCAGAAGACUGUUGAAAAAAUCUUUAAUAUCCAAAUGCGCAACCGACAGUUAUUUUUCCAACGUUAAUAUAAUUAGUACUACGUUGCAAAUUUUUUUUUUCUAGUCUAUCGCGGUCUCUAGUCUUGAAAAGGGGUUUUCUCUUGUUAAAUCGUCUUGAAGAACAAACACUGUAAACGAGAUAAAUGUCCAAACAAUUUUUUUGUUUAACGAUUCGAGACCUGUUAAAAUAAGACUUAUAGUUUUAUUCGAAGGGACCGAAAACACGGACCGACCCGGUUUUUCACUAAUUUUCUUUUUAACUACUAGGCGUAUAUGUGUGUAUAUAAUAUUAUUAAGAGACUACGUUUUUAUCAAUGUAUUUAUAAUAAGAAGUAAAAAAAAAAAAAUCGGGAAAAAAUAUAAAAAUUUGCUAUUGGUCCGUUCCGGCUUUCGGGUUUCCUUCAUCUUUAUUUUAAUCAUUAUCAUUAUUUUGUGUAAAUAAGUACCUAUAAUCUAUAAUAUAUUUUUUAAAUAUAUAAAUAUUUAUUUGUUCGGUAUAAAAUAUAAUGUAAAUGUAUAUACUUAUAUAAUGUAAUAAAUAAUUAUACAUAAUUAGUAUGUAGUAGUGAUACAGUUAUUAAAGUAGCAUAGAAAUGUUAAGAGGGAAAAGGUUUACCGAAGGUUGUCACUGCGUGUCGGUCUGUGAUUUCGGCGGGUUUUUUUUUAUAGUAACUACUAUAAACACAUUUGGCACUUGGAAGAGCAAACCUAAUUAUUAUUAUUCGAAACAUUAAACAUUACUACGCAUUGACAACCAUGGAACCCGACAAAUAAAUGUACUACAAUUCAUGUUAAUCAAUAAUAAUAAUAACAAUGAUAAGCCUAACUCUUUGCACCAAAAAUAUGAUAUAACAAAUGUAAAAAUAAAUAAAUUAUAAAAUAAAUUGUUUUGUGUAAAUAUAGAUUUUUUUUAAUAUUCUAUUAAGUUUAGUUUGCAUAUUAUUGUUGUACAAUCUUAGCCAGUUGAUUAUUAUUUCCCCCCCCCACUGAAUCAAAUCAAAAAAACGGUCAUAAGCGUUAUUGUUAUUUGUUUUUUUUUUACUGUCGUCGAUAUUAUGUUUUGUUCGAAACUCGUAUACAAUUUUUUUUAAUCGAUCUAUUAUUAUUAUGAUUAUUAACACUUUUCUUUAUUAAGUAAAUUUCUGGUGUUGACUAUAAAUUAUGCAUGAUAUUAUUAUUAUUAUUAUGAUUAUAUUAUUAUUAUAAUAUGGUCAAUAUUGUUAAAGUAAUUUUUGUCUGUUUAGUUAAGCAAUUUUUCCACGUGACAUCUCACCGUCUGCUUUUUGUAUAUUGUAUAAGAAAAAGCAUAUUAUAAUAUUUAAAUAUAAUAAAAACAAAUUAUUAUAAUCAAUAUCUCGUUAGCAUUAAUCGAUUAUAUAAUU